AUGCUUAUCAGGCCAGUGGCUCUACUUGCACUAGCUCUGGGCAUUGGUGCUCACAAGCAGACAAAUUUCACGGAUGAUAAGCUCCGUCAUGAUAACGAAUCAGCUCCCAGCGCUCUUCCAAUCGUACCAGAAAGCCUGGCCUCUCUUACAUCUGUUGACUCUUUCGCAACUUUGUCUCAUGCCCGCUUCCCUCACCACGCCGUUCGCAUCAAAAAGUCAGACUUUUGUGACCCCACCGUUUCUGCGUACACUGGCUAUCUUGAUGUCGAUCAGGGAGCAAAGCACUUGUUCUUCUACUUCUUUGAAAGCCGCAGGAACCCAGAAACUGAUGAUGUGAUGAUGUGGAUCAAUGGAGGUCCUGGGUGUUCUGCCGGGCUUGGCUUGUUAUUUGAACACGGGCCAUGUAGCAUCGACGUUGACGGUUCAUCUCUAAAUGGUACCAACUGGAACCCAUACUCAUGGAAUAAGGAAGCCAAUAUUUUCUUCCUGGACCAACCAGUUGGGGUAGGCUACUCAUACGCCGACUUUGGUGAAACAGUUGAGACGACGGAGGAUGCUGCUCAGAACGUGCAUGCGUUCAUCACAAUUUUCUUCGAGGUUUUCAAACAAUUUGAGGGUAGACCAUUGCACCUUGCUGGGGAAUCAUACGGCGGGCGUUAUCUUCCUGUUUUCGCUAGCGAAAUUUAUGAUCAGAAUGAAAUUGCAAAGGCAGAGGGACGACCGACCAUCAACCUUCAUAGCAUCUUGAUCGGCAACGGUAUCACUGAUAUCUCAACUUUAUACCAAGGGCGUUACGAGAUUGAAUGCGGCAUUGCUGCCCUAGAAAUACCAUUUCAACAAAUUAGCUCUUGUGUGCGCAUGAAGUCGGCGCUACCUCGGUGUCAAGCUUUGAUGCGUGAUGGGUGCAUUGACCAAUUUGAUCACAUGAAUUGCGGUGCUGCUGUUGCCUUUUGCGACGCGCAACUUAGUACCGCAAUGUGGGAAAGCGGUCGGAAUGUGUACGAUGUCUCAAUGACCUGUGAAGACCAAGAACUGUGCUACGCAGAAGAGGCUGUUAUCCGAGAUUUCCUUGAUGCGCCAGAAACACGGAAAACACUUGGUGCUGAAAGCCCCGGUGAAUUUUCUCUCUGCUCUGGUAUUGUCGGGCGGAACUUUGUCUCUCACCUCGAUAAGUGGGCACAUCACACUCAAGACUAUGUUGCGGCCCUCUUGGAGAGGAACAUUAGAGUGUUGAUUUAUGCCGGUACUCAUGACUGGCAGUGCAAUUGGAUUGCAAACAAGCUGUGGGUAGACAAAUUAGAUUGGACGGGACGUUCUGCAUACGUGAAAGAGAGCUGGAGGUCUUGGCACGUUGAUGGAGAAAAAGCGGGUGAAACCAAGAAUGCUGGCCCUCUGACAUUUGCUACGGUGCUGGGUGCCGGCCAUAUGAUGAGUCCUUCGUUACUCUGGCUCCACCAUUCUGCUAACCCCUUUAUACGUCCCUCAUGACAAACCUGCAGAAGUACAGGCUCUAGUUUCCAGAUGGCUCGCCAAUCAGGCCAUCUAAGUGUCAAAGACAUGCACACAGCCGACAC